AUGGUUCAGGAAAAGAUUUCCAAACAGCCCAGGUGUUUCCCCUGCAUGGAACACGGCCUCAGGCGGCAUCUGUGCAUAGGUUAGGAGUAGGGUUAGCAGCCGUGCAAAGUAAGCUUUUAAAAGACUGGAGGUGUUCUUUCGUACUUCCAGAUGUUAUCAUCGUUCUAUUAUUACAGUGCCAAUGGCCUUGACACGAAAAACUAAGAAAAUAAACUUACGGGGGUAGUGAAAGAGGAAAUGGGAGCAACACAGACAUAGAUAAACUAGAAAGAUAUACUCGGAAGAUGUUUUUCCAGCUUGUUUUUUGUGUGUGGUCAUAAUCAGAUCUGAAAUAUUAAUACAUCUCAGCCCCACUCCCUGUAUAUAAUGACAAAGAUCUUAGUAGAUAAACUCCAAAAUAUGCUCAGAAUAUGUUUUUCUUGACUGUUGUUUUGUGUGUGGUGAUAAUCAAAUGUGAAAUAUUAUUCUCUCUCAGCCUACUCCUAGUAUAUAAUGACCAAGGUCUUGGUCCCAAGCACACAGCCCUGGGAGCACUUAGAGAAACCGUUUGAUCUGAGCUCUCAGUGUUUGUCUUUGGUUCUUUCCGGUCCGAUUAGUCUCUUCCCUUUUUGGUCAGCCUUCUUCUUCUCAACCUUCCCUCCAUGAUUCCCAUGGGGGAUCCCCCCCUUGAACACACGCAGAGGCUCGUUUUCCCUCCCUCCUUCCUCUCCAUUUUUUCCCUCCCUCUCUCUCAUUCUCUCUCUCCUCUCUCUCUCUCUCUCUCUCUCUCUCUCUCUCUCUCUCUCUCUCUCUCUCUCUCUCUCUCUCUCUCUCUCUCUCUCUCUCUCUCUCUCUCUCUCUCUCUCUCUCUCUCUCUCUCUCUCUCUCUCGCUCUCUCUCUCUCGCUCUCUCUCUCCGUGGGGUGUGGAUUGACAUUUAGGAGUGAGCAAGGUUCUCUGUCAAUUAGAUAGUUGCUGUGGGAAGCAGAGGGGAGCGCAUGCACAGAGGGAGCUCCUGGUGGGGAAGAGAGGGAGAAGGAGCUGUGAAGUAAUAAGGUAAGGGCAUGUCAGUCAGUCUGUCUUGCUGUUGGCUUUGCUGGUUGGCAGUCAUUACAGCUUUGUUUUUAUUUGUCCCCUUAGGGCAAUUAGUAUGUGGAGGAGUUGCGAAGAGUUGAUGAGACAUGAGUUUCCUUACUAAAAGACAAAGUUGUGAUCUGUAGUGGUAUAGCUUGUCAUUUAAAGUUUUUAUAGUGGGGAACGUUUCAGGUAAAGAAAGGGAAGGGCGAGGUGUAUAAAACAAAUAAGGUUGGUCCUCUGGAUUAUUUAUCAAUCCGGUUUCUGAUUGGUUGUGUAAAGGAAGGAUGAUUGUAUGAUGGUACUUCAAGCUACCAGGAGAUCAGGAAUGAGUCCCCCCCUACACACACACAUCUAAAAAGCACACUCAAAACCUUCCAAAAGAAUGUGUUGUUUUUGUGAGAAAGCUGCCUCUCAAAGCAACAACAAAUAUCCCAAUAAAGUGGUUGUGCAAACCUCAAGUCAGUUCAUGGGUCUAGUCUAGGACAUGAGUUAUUGGACUCUAGUCUUUCAUAACGUUCUCUUACUGUAUGGUCCUCUUCAGACAUGUUGUUGUGUGUCCUCGUUAAGACAGAGAGACGGCUGUGAGUCUUCAGCAGCAGUACACUGUAUGACCUUCACAUUCUUUACACUACAGUAAGCUUGAAAUUUGACUGUUAAGUAUGUUUUGCGUGUCACUUUUCCAGGAGUUCAUCACGGAGCCCAUAUUUAAUGAGUCAUCUUGACUGAGCUCAGUAGUAUAGUCACUCAAAAAUGUCCUGAAGAAUUUUUAUGAAACGUGUUGGCAGUUUUGUUCCGUUCUGUUUUUGAAGUCAAAUAUAUGAAGACACAUUACUCCUACAUUUCCUCCCUUUGUAUCAGUCUCAUGGACUGGGACUUAUUAAACUUCUCUCUUGUCAUAAGAAGUCUGGGAGACAUCACAACUUGGCUGUUGGACGAAUAUGCUGGCUGGCUGGCUGCCAAAUGCUGGUCAGGGAUGUUUAGAGUAGAGUACAGGACUCUUUCUUCUCUCUCUCUCUCUCUCUCUCUCUCUCUCUCUCUCUCUGUCUGACUCCUCUUUCUUUUGGAAAUUGCUGGCUGCUGAGGAGCCUGUCAUUAGGGAGACGAGAUGCAGUGCAGUGGCACUUGGCUGUUGAGCGGAGGCAGCUGAUCACCAGGCAUUCCCAGCUGUGGAGAGGACCCGCUUGUCAAAGGGAAGCGCUACAUUCCCAGCUCUGAAAGACCCAAAUUAUAUACUCAGUUGAACACUGAGGACUGGCCACGGAAGUGAUAGUUUGUGUCAACUUGUCUUUGAAGAGGUACAGUGGUGAUGACCUCCCGAGUGGCGCAGUGGUCUAAGGCUGUGGCUGUGGCUGUGCCACUAGAGAUCCUGGUUCGAAUCCAGGCUCUGUCGUAGCCGGCCGCGACCGGGAGACCCAUGGGGCGGCGCACAACUGGUCCAGGGUAGGGGAGGGAAUGGCCGGCAGGGAUGUAGCUCAGUUGGUAGAGCAUGGUGUUUGCAACGCCAGGGUUGUGGGUUCGAUUCCCACGGGGGGCCAGUAUGAAAAAAAGAAUACAAAAAUAAUAAUGUAUGCACUAACUGUAAGUCGCUCUAGAUAAGAGCGUUUGCUAAAUGACUAAAAUGUAAAUGUAAUGACUUUGGCUAUCUUGUUGAGAUGGAUUCGUCGGAGUUCGGACCCUUGAGUAAAUAUGGCUUGGUCUUAUACUAAACCAGUAAAGGAUCAAUUUGAUAGUAUGGUCCCUUUUGACAUCAAGAGCUCCCUCUAGAUUGAAAUAAACAUACUAUAUCUACAGACAUUCCCCCUAAGCUUUGCCUCAAAACCCAUAUCAUGCAGCCGCUCUCCUCAAAACCUAUCCUGAUUUUACAGUCAGGCCUGGUAUGCUGUCCUGUGUCCUCCCCAUUUGACCCCCCAUCAAUCAGAUACCGGAACUGGAUUGCGUGAGUGAGCGUUCAGAAGGGCACCGGCCACCCACCCAGCAUGCCCUGGGAUAUGUCAGUCGUAGGAUCACAUGACACAAUUUAACUCACACAGUUAUGUAAACACAGACAAUGCACGCACACAAGCACAGAUAUGAGUAAAACAGUCUCCUCCCCAAUGUACAAAUAAAAAAGCAUGGGGCAUCACAACUCUCAUCAUGCCUGGUCUUACAGACCUAAUUUCACAAAUCAAUAUCCAUUCCCAGGUCUAAUGACUUCUAACUGGUCUGGUACAGUUCUGCUUGGGGAUAACAAUGUCCCAUAUCCCGCAAAACAUUACUGGAUAAAACCAUGGCUUAUUCAGAACGAAUACCAGUUUCAUUGAUGAAAGCAGACACACAUGAACCGAUGCCAGGUCGUACUUCAGUUGGAGAAAAAAAAGUCUAUCUAAUUUUGAGAGCUAACUUUGGACUGACACAGAGCAGAUGUCUGGGCUGUGCUGUGAUGGGCAUAGAGAGCUGUAAGCUUGAGGUGAUGACAGAGGGAUUGCAUCACACCCCUGGGGGACAGAAAAGUUCAACCCUUGGGGGCCAGGUCCAGGGCCAUCCUGGAUUUGAUGCUUUGCAGACACACACCUUUAUGUCUUAAACAGACUCAGCAUGGACAUGUGUUUUCAUUUCUGGUUGGUAUAGGAUUAAGGAGGCAUACAAAUUGUUAUCCAAGAUACUGGCUAUUUUUCAGCUAUGGUUUGAAAGAAAUCUGCCCCAAGAAUCAAUUUAUCUAACUGUCUUCAAUCCUAAUUGACUGACUGGUAUUAGACCCCCAUUAUCUCACAGUUGUGUGACUGCUUUUUAGAUAACUUCCCACUGUAAAAACAUAACAGAUUCCAACUGAACUGCAAGUGAAGCUUCCACCAUAGCUGUCAAGCUCCUUCCUCAAACUAUAAUCACAAACAAAGAACAGGGAAAAAAAGCUGCAUGCUUCAGUUGGUUAAGAGGGUCACAUACCCAGUUGGAGUUGUACUGCAGUUAGUCGCUUGACAAAUGAAUUUCUGUGUGACUGACGUCAACAAAAAGCCAUUCCGCCCCAUUAUUAUGUGUUUUUCUUAGCCCACACAAGCUCCUUUCAACACUGGUGCAUUGAACAUGCUCCAAACCUCCCUGUGAAUGCCUCUAACCGAGGUUAACCUUAUAAUCAGAGUCAGGGUUGGUAAAAACAUGUUACGUCUUGCUCUCAGUACAAUGCCAGUGGUUUUGGCUGCUUGAGGGGAAAAUAGUGUCUGAAAUUUCUGAGAAGCUUACUUCAGAUUGGUGUGUCUUAGUUUUUUUUGGAAAAGCCUCAACCCACUGGGCACAGACGUCAGUUCAACGUCGAAUUCAACAUGAAAUCAACCAAACAUUUCACCUCGUCAUUGGAUUUAGGUUAGAAGUUGGGUGAAAAAAGACGAAUUCCCCAUACAUUGAUGACUUUUUGCAGAUCCAAUCAGUUUUCCAAGUUGAGUCAAUGUCAUCACAUUGAUCUUUUGAGUUGAAAUGACGUGGAAACAACGUUGAUUCAACCAGUUUUUGCCGAGUGGGAAAGCACUUGAAUACACAAUACUACAUUUAUCACUUUGUUAUCCACUGAAUCCUUUUGAGUUGGUCUGUUGUUUAGGAAAUAACUUUGGCAUUGUUGGUCUGUUUGGUUUGGUGUCAGAUAUAUUUAGGUACACUGGACAGACUUACAGUAGUGAAAGUCAGGUGAAUAAGCUCUACUUUGGCUUUAACCUCCAGAAAUAUCAGUGAGCACUGCUUCACUGACCCAGUGAGCAGAAACAAGCUAGCCAAGUGAACAAGAUUGUCUUAACUGUGCAUUCCAGCUGGUGAUUUGUGUGUUAAUAUGUAAGUGAGGGGGAUGCCGACAUAAAGAUGUUGGCUAUGUGAAUGUUGAGAGAAGACCAAAGUCCAGAGUAAAGAGAGUAGAUCAAACUGUCUCUGAGAGAUAUCAGCUAAUCCAUCACUGUCUCUUUCCCAUCAGCAUGUAAAGACACAAGCACUAUUCUCAGCACAUAACAGGUGAUAUCUCCCUAAUCUCACAUAGCUCUGAUUCUCAGAGCAUUACCAGGGCUGUGUUCAUUAGGUCACACAACCGAAAACAUUUAAAAAUGUUUUUAAAUGUUUUGCAAUGGAAAAUGGGAAUGAGCGUAGUAGUCCCUCCCUGUUUGUCACUUUUCUUGAGUUUGAUACCUAAUGAACAAAACCCAGGCCUAUGGAGUGAUGUUUACCCUGCCGGGAGCCUUUCUUCGUAGGGAUGCAGGAUAUAGGGGCCGGGGCAGAUGGUUGGAGUGGGCGGUUAGUGAUGGGAAAGGUCCCUGGUGUUAAGCUGUGCCUUGAAUUUGGCCCCUUUCCACUUUCAAAUAGGGCCUAAUCCUUUCCCUGUUAGGAAUCUCCUUGGACAAUCCGGUCGUAUUCAUUAGGCACCAAAUGGAAGAAAAUGGUCUAAAAAAACUGUGAGGGACUACUUGGGGUUGUCUAAUAAGAAGCGCUCAUUUCCGUUUUACAUUACAAAAUGUUUUUCAAUGUUUUCCGUUGCAUGCCUUAAUGAAUACCACCCAGUAUUGGAGAGUAUUGGCCGUUAGGGUACAUCUGAGGAAUCUGACUUCCUGGUCCGACCGUUUCGAGUUGAGGCCCUUUUUACGAAGCAAACUGGGUCUUUUAAUUGCUAAUAGAUUGAGCUCUGACAAAAGCCAAUGUACGAAGGGAAAGUGCACGCCUCUAGGAAACCGAGUUUAUCACAGUUUCAAAGGCAUUAUCCUAAAACGUGAUGUAUAGUUAAUUAGACUUGGUGCCAGUUUGAAAAAUGUGUUCGGGUCCCAGAUAUGUUUGUGCUAUAGUAUCUUGCCAACUCCUACAGCACAAACAUAUCUGGGACCAGACCAAGACAGAUCCAUCCCCAUCAGCACAGUAAAUUGCCCUUUGAGUUGGCCAUGGAACCAAUUCCCUCUAUCUCAUUAGCUCUGGCACCAAGAAGGCUGCUGAUUGGAGGGCAAUCCGUGGCUCUCCUGGGUUGGGCUGGGAGGUGGACCAGUGUACUGUAGCCCCAGGCAGCAGAACACUUUGCCCAUCUGCUAACAGCUAACACACCAAGGAGCAUCUGGAAAUAAGCAGGUUGUAUCAGGAAAUACUGUCAUUACCACCAACUGGCCCUUGCCUUCAGGCUAAGGCCAAGUUCCAAGAUCUCCAGAAGGGGAGAGCAGGGACUGGAAAAGAACACAGUCACCAGUGUUAGAAUUAAAAUGGCAGCUGUUAACUACAAAACACAGCCGCCUUUAAAUUGAAAGGCUGCAACACUUACACAUGUCAGUCAUGCUUUGAAUGGCGUAUUGCAAAGGUACUAUGCUUGGAAGUGGUUGGUAAUGUAAGGGCAGCCUUAGAUCUCAAUAUUUCAAAGUACAGAGCUAAAACAGUCACUCUGUCCUGGGUUAUGUUUAGUAGGGAGAAAACAUUUCAAAACAUUUUGAAUUGGGGAGGUACAACCUGAACUUGUCCAUUAAGAAUGCACAUUUUUGCUUUCGGUUGGAAAUCAUUUUUGCUACGGUAUGGCCUACUGAACUACCCUGGUCUCAAGUCAUACAUAAUUACUGUAGUGAGGAAGGACUGUAGUUGCACCUUCAAGGAAAACAUCCAGAGCAGAAGAAACCAAUUCAUCCAUGAUGUGGUGACUGUGAGCACCAUGGUUGCAUCCAAAAUGGCAUCCUAUUCCCCAUAUAGUACACAACUUGUAUAUAGCCUCGUUGUUGUUAUUUUAUUGUGUUACUUUUUAUUAUUUUUUACUUCAGAUCAUUUGUUAAAUAUUUUCUUAACUCUUUCUUGAACUGCAUUGUUGGUUAAGGGCUUGUGAGUAAGCAUGGUCUUAAAGGCCCCUCGUCAGAUCAGCCAUCUGUAUUUGGCAGUGUGUGUGUGAGUGUGUGUGUGUGUGUGGUUUAGGUUAGUGAGUUAGUGGUAAGAGUGUGGAGAUCCUCAGGUCAGUCGUCAUCAAUAUGCCCUGGAGUGACAGCCAAGUCAGUAAUGUGCCAGUUGCAUUGGUGGCAAAAGGGAUUCUUCCAUACGGCUCCUGAUAGUCACACUAAACUGUCUGGUGAAAAAUCAUGUGCAUAAUGUAUAAUUCUUCUGCUCUCACCUGUCUUUCAGGGUCACAUUCUAUUUUGAGACUGAUGAAAGAUAGACCGAUAAAUCGUGUGGUCUUGGCAAGUGUGUUUAGGGUUGCAGAGGAUAGACCUAAUUUGAGAGCAGAGCUUUUGGAGGUGCAUGGUACUGGAUUGCAUAUACAGUGCAUUCAGGAAGUAUUCAGCCCCCUUGACUUUUUCCAAAUUUUCUUACUUUACAGCCUUAUUCUAAAAUUGAUUAAAUUGUAUUUUUUCCUCAUCAAUCUACCCCAUAAUGACAAAGCAAAAACAGGUUUAAAAAAACAAACUGAAAUAUCACAUUUACGUAAGUAUUCAGACCCUUUACUCACUACUUUGUUGAAGGACCUUUGGCAGUGAUUACAGCCUCAGGUCUUCUUGGGUAAUGACGCCACAAGCUUGGCACACCUAUAUUUGGGGAGUUUCUCCCAUUCUUCUCUGCAGAUCCUCUCAAGCUCUGUCAGGUUGGAUGGGGAGCGUCGCUGCACAGCUAUUUUCAGGUCUCUCCAGAGAUGUUAGAUCGGGUUCAAGUCCUCUGGCCGGGCCACUCAAGGACAUUCAGAGACUUGUCCCAAAGCCCCUCCUGUAUUGUCUUGGCUGUGUGCUUAGGGUCGUUGUCCUGUUGGAAGGUGAACCUUUGCCCCAGUCUGAGGUCCUGAGCACUCUGGAGCAGGUUUUCAUCAAGGAUCUCGCUGUCCUUUACUCCAAACAUCAUUCAUUCGAUCCUGACUAGUCUCCCAGUCCCUGUCACUGAAAACAUUCCCACAGCAUGACGCUGCCACCACCAUGCUUCACUGUAGGGAUGGUGCCAGGUUUACUCCUGCUCCAUGCUUGGCAUUCAGGCCAAAGAGUUCAAUCUUGGUUUCCUCAGACCAGAGAAUCUUGUUUCUUUCAGUGCCUUUUGGUAAACUUCAAGCGGGCUGUCAUGUGCCUUUCACUGAGGAGUGGCUUCCGUCUGGCCACUCUACCAUAAAGGCCUGAUUGGUGGAGUGCUGCAGAGAUGGUUGUCCUUCUGGAAGGUUCUCCCAUCUCCACAGAGGAACUCUGGAGCUCUGUCAGAGUGACCAUCGGGUUCUUGGUCACCUCCCUGACCAAGGCCCUUCUCCCCCGAUUGCUCAGUUUGGCCGGGCAGCCAGCUCUUGGAAGAGUCUUGGUGGUUCCAAACUUCUUCCAUUUAAGAAUGAUGGAGGCCACUGUGUUCUUGGGGACCUUCAAUGCUGCAGGCAUUUUUUGGUACCCUUCCCCAGAUCUGUGCCUCAACACAAUCCUGUCUCGGAGCUCUAUGGACAAUUCCUUCGACCUCAUGGCUUGGUUUUUGCUCUGACAUGCACAGUCAACUGUGGGACCUUAUAUACCAGGUGUCUGUCUUUCCAAAUCAUGUUCAAUCAAUGGAAUUUACCACAGGUGGACUCCAAUCAAGUUGUAGAAACAUCUCAAGGAUGAUCAAUAGAAACAAGAUGCACCUGAGCUCAAUUUCGAGUCUCAUAGCAAAGGGUCUGAAUACUUAUGUAAAUAAGGUAUUUCUGUUUUUGUUUUUUUAUAUACAUUUGCAAAAAUGUCUAAACUUGUUUUCGCUUUGUCAUUAUGGGGUAUUGUGUGUAUAUUGAUGAGGGGGAAAAAAGUAUUUAAUCAAUUUUAGAAUAAGGCUGUAAUGUAACAAAAUGUGGAAAAAGGGAAAGGGUCUGAAUACUUUCUGAAUGCACUGUAUGAAGGAGGGAAGGAGGGAGGGAGGGAGGGAAGGAGUCAUCCUACAGGAGGAGGAAGUAAAAGAGGCUGAAAAAGGAAUGAGUAAACAAAGGCAUGUCUGGGACUGCAGGACCGCUUCCAAACCCAGGAAGAGAGACGGGAGAAAUCCGACCCCUGAGUCGUUAUGAUAAUUGGAUUUACUGUUCACUUCCUCCAGGGCUUUUUACUACUUCCUCUUUGGUUUCUUAAUAAAGAUGAUUUACUGAGGGGAAAUCCGGUUUGCUUUGAUAUUGAGUUUGAUAAGUAAUUCUUUACAUAUUUCGACUUUCAACUGUACGCCAGUUGUAAUUUAGCUUAAUCCCUAGACCCAGAGCUAAGCUCUUGCUAAAGCCACCUUCGUCAGAGCAGACAAUGAGAGGCCGUAUAAGAGGUCAUAGUGAGUAAGCGCAAUCAGUACAAUAUGACACCUGUGCUAAAUCAACAUCACUCGCAAAAAUGACUCUUCAAUUGCAGCACACCAGUAUUCAAAUGAAACAUUUGUGGCUUUGCUUAUUUGCAUUUUUGUUUUUUGCAAAUUAAAUUGGAAAUGGCAUACCACAAACACAAACUUGAGUCCUAUAGACAAUGAGUGACUUUUGCCGGAUGUGUGUGUCCACUUGUGUGCGCCUGUGUGUUAGUGUGUGAGAGAGAGAGAAUGUGACAGGAGUCAUCUAUCAUAGCAGGUUAUUAUACUGCUAGUCAGGGAAAUGAACCUUGUUUAGCCGUGUGUUCAAUGAUGACAGAUGAGACAGGUCUCUCCCAGUCAGACCCUAGUUCAAAGCUUGUGAAGUUCCCAGGCUCAGAGAGGGUAUAUUUCAAGUUAUCAACUCAUCUUUAGGGGGACGUGCUGAGACACUAGCCUGGUUAAACCAGUCUGAAUGCUCACCCUUGUAAGGUUACUAGGCAACAAGAUCCCCCCCCUAAGAACUAGUCCUUGGCAGGGAUUCCUGUGGUCAGCUGAAGUGCCAGUCCACAACAAUUGGUCAUCCAAAGGGAAGAUGGGAAAAUAUGUCUCGCAAUCAUAGAUGCAUUAAUAGCAUCAUUAUAAUUUAUCCAUGCAGGGUUGUUAGUCCAUGUUUAUGGAGAAAUACAGCAGUUCUGAAAGUAUUCGGCCCCUCAUCCUUUGAACCAAAGAAAUGCAGUCUUUGUUGCAAGGUUGUGUCCUUGCUUUCUCACUGCCAGAGCAUUUUGGGUAAUUGUGUUGGAGACACUAUCCAGAUGUUUUGAGGUCAGGGAGAGGUCAAGGCUUAUCCAGCUCACUCUUUUAAUUAUUUUAAACCAUGAGUGUAUUACAGGGACACUAUCAUCUUAUAUGAUCUUACCAACAAGGCUCUUGGUGCCAAGUUGAUUCCACAAAGUAGUACUAUUUGUAAGAGGACCUUAUCCUUACUUUUUAUUGUAAUUAUUUGGCCCUGUUCAAACUCUAAACAGAGAAGAAACAACGGUAGACAUAUACCACUGGUACAGAAAGCUCUUUCUCAAAAAGUGUAUUUGCUUUCUUGGAGGACUCUCUGACAAUAUCCAGCUGGAGGAUCUCUGACACAGGAAACCCCUCUAACUCCUCCUAAGCUCGUUGCUAAGCAGAAGGAGACAGGCAAGAUGCCAAAUACAAGCUUUUGUCAAAGACCUGUGACCAAUUAGACAUUGUGAACAGCAGUCUCAAAUGAAGGACACCAUUGUUCCUCUCAUGAGAAAACAGCUAAGGUAUACCGCUGAUUAACUCAGAAACAGCAAACCAAACUAUCUCUUCCUGGAAUUAAAUGGAUGACAUCAUUUUGAACUGAUGAUGGCCACGGUGGACACUGGACAACUGUGUCAUUUUUCUUAUAAAAUGGCCUCACAAAUAGCAUGAUAUAAUGUGCUAUAUGUAAACAUCUUUCUACACUAUUUGUAAUCGUGAUCUCCUUGACAAAUUGUCUAGUAAUCUGAUACACUGUGUUUUUAGAGGUUAUGAAAGCUUAUUUUCCAUGACCAUGGCACAUUAGUUCAGGAGUUACUGACUAACAAAACAUUUUUCUUUUUCAGCCGCUGUCCAAUAAAAGUGAAGCAGUCACUACCAUAGAGGAGGAUAACCACAAACUCCUAAGACAAUCUGCCACAUCCACAUCUGCACAGCCGUCAACAGAACAACCAACUCACAAUUUAUAACUCAAACUGUCUCCACUUGGUACCCAUUCCAUGAAGAAGCAGGAGACAGGCUUCCAUUGAGUCAGGGACAGUGAUGGGUUUACAAAGAGGGGCACUGCGAUGGGCACUGCCCUGGCUGCUUCUGCUAGUGGUGGCUGGAGGGUCACACGGCUCCCUGGUGAAGACUAACCUGGGGUUGAGGGUGAAGAGGGGCCAGUCGGCCUACCUGCAGGAGGGAGACCUGCAGUUCCACAUCCCUCGGGUGAAGGACGCCUGCAAGGUGGAGGUGGUGCUCAACGAGCCAAUCACGCAGAGGGUGGGGACGCUGUCGCCUCAGGUAAUGUAACUGUCUUCUUUGUAGCAGAUGAACAGGUGGUAACCAUUGCUUUUCCAGUUGUACGUUGAAUAGUCCUCUAAGAGUGGAUGAUAGGAGACAAGCACACAUUGAAAACCCUGCACAUGGAACACAGGAACCCAAGUAAGGUGUCUUUUCACCUGCCUGCUUGCCACUUAGUGGUGGUGGACCUCUGAAAAUGUCCUACCUGUUACAACUGGAACAAAAGUCUGAACAACCUUUAACUGUCCAGGAGAACGGUUAGAGACAGACAACUGCCCUGGGGUAAACCUGGCAGUAAAACACUAAUAACAGUGUGUCAUUGGCAUGUUUCUCCUCCAUAAUGAGAAUCCCUGACAACGCUUAACAUAUUGUCCUAAUUGCUGAUCAUAAAAACAGAUCAUAAAGCUGUUGUACUAGGAGGUUUAGGUACGGUUAAGGGGCCAGGGGGAUUGUGGUAAAGUACGUACCAUGGGAUGUUUCUUAAGCAGUUCUACAAUAGGCUCUAGGCCAGGGCCGGCUAUAUCCUUUUGGGGGCCUUAAGUGAGAUUUGGUUGGGGGGCCCACCUUACAAGUGGGCAAAAUGUUUUAGUGCCCCCCCCUCUUGACGACAGAGAGAUAAAUGUCCUUUUAAAGUUAAUUUCCUGCAAUUCUACACAUUUUGCCAUCGGUCGUAGAGAACAUGUUGCAGUUUUUCUGCAGUUCUAUAAAUUUUUCCAUGGGGCAGAAAGAAAAUAAUGCACUUUUAUAACAGAUUUCAUGCAAUUCUACUCAUUUUGCCAUGGUGCAGAAAUAUAUUUAGCAGUUUUAAAGCAAGUUUUCUGCAGUUCUACAAAUUUUGCCAUUGAGCAGGGAGAAAAUGUUGCAAUUUUUUAUACAUUUCAUGCAAUUCUACUCCUUUUGCCAUCGGGCAGAGAUACUUUUUUGCGUUUUAAAGCUAAUUUCCUGCAAUUCUACACAUUUUGCCAUGACUUACUUUGCCAUGAUAUCUGAGUGAGCAUGACUAGCAAAAUCAAUCGGAGCCUUUUUUAACUUGCACCUUGUGUAUUUUAUUAUUCUGACUCUCCAGGGGCCCUAAGUGACUGCUUAUGUCGGUUAUACCGGGAGCCGGCUCUAGGGGCUCAUUUCCUGGACUAAAAAAAUCCUGGACUAAAAAGCACUUUCAAUGGAGAUUCUCUAUUGAGGAUGCUUUUUAGUCGUAGGCUUAAUAUGUGUCUUGGAAACAGGCCCUUAAUGAUUUGGACAUUAAAAUUGUCUUUUGGUUAGAAAAUUCUUAGAAAAUGCUAAUAUUAGCGAUUGGUGGCAGUGGCUAUACAAACUCAACCAACGUGAGUAUUGCAGUGGAUGGCAUUAGUCAUUGAAACCCCUUGAAUCUGAUAUGUUUGAUCCUCAGAAGAGGAAAGGGAAGGUAGAUCUGAGCAUUCUAUGUCUGACCCUGGACACUAAUUGAGCCAUUGUCUGCAGGGAGAGACAGGCAGCCUCCAGGCCUAAUGAAGGUCUGUUGACAGACAUAGGGCUUUUCCUUGUGCCCUCCCUAGUAGCCUACACAUCUGAGAUGACAUGAGAUACCCCUACACAGCCAGAAAUGUUGCCACCCACUCUCAUGAGUUGUUUGGUUACUGUGUAGCCCUGUUUAAGACCGCUAUUACUUGUUGUUCACAAUUAACAACAUUGAACGUCAAGUAGUGGCUUUAAAUGGUGCUAGUUAUGUGGUGGUGACUGUUGAGAGUAUAUUUAUCCUAAUUAAACAACAAUGGCAUAUUUCUAACAGAACGAAACCGCUGGUUUGGGUGCAGCUUGGGUUGCUCUAUUUUGUUUGUCUAAUGAAUUCCUUGUCAUUUUUGAGUUAUUUCCACAGUCAAAACCACAAUACAGAAUGUGAUUUGAUUAAUGGGUAAACAAGACAGUGGUUUGAUGUUUUCUGUACCCUGGAUGAGAGGCAAAAACAGCUUUUGGUUUUGUUAGCAUUUUUGCUCUCUCUCCUUUUUAGCUGGUGUUUUUUUAGGACACUUUUCAUGCCCCAUUGUAAGAUGUACUGCAAUAACCUCAAGCUACAUAUGUGGGAUCCUUAUUUGACCAGUUUUGUCACAGGAGUAUAAUAAUCCUGCAGCAGGAAGAUUUUAAUUUUUUUUAAGUGAUAAUGUCUAGCGGAAAUUUGUUUUGAAAGGCUAGAGUAGAGAAGGCUAUAGUUUAGGUGUAGACUAUGGCUGCAUUUCGGAUAUACUUGUCGUAGUGGAGACAAAUAUCUAUCUUGUGUUAUUAAGCUAUAUAAAACAACUGUUGUUUAUGUGUAUGGCUGCGUUAUCGUUUGAGCGAGCAAGAGACAAAGAGAACUGCGGGUUUUCAGUGAAAAUAUUUAAAUCACGAGGAUCAUUUGAAUUUCCUGCGGCUCAGGAAAAUUAUCGGUGACAACAUAGUGAUCAAAUUAAUAUACUGCACCUGUACACAACUUCUGGCACUAAAACACUUAGUAUGGAACAGUAUGGUAGUGUAUUCUGAUUUGGUCAUCUCUGAAGUGUAAAUCUGAUUUUAUUUUCACAUCAUAAUCGUAGGUAUUUGACUGCCACUACCUGGCUGAUGACGUAAAGUAUGUUCACAAUGGCUGCCCGAUAUUAAAGGAAGAUACUGUCAAGCUUCGACUCUACAGGUACCUGCAUCUACCCAAAUUAUAUUCAGAGGUUCUAUGACUACAUGUACUGUACUUACAAUUAUUUUUUCCCCAACCCAUUAGGAAUUAACUAAUGCAAAACAGAGUACAUAGCAACAGGAAUGUUUUAUUGUACCAAGUAUUGUACUCACUUAUGUCCUCUCUGUAAAGUUGGCCCCACUUGUAAAAUGAAGUUAUGACCACUGGUACUGUUUUCAGUGUGACUAGAUGGUCUUCUCCCCAGGUUCACAGAGACAGAGACCUUUACGGAGGUCUUCGUCCUGCGUGUGGAGAUCAUGGAACCCGACUGCAACAUCAUCAAACUAGGACCCAAGUCCCUGGUGGUGCCAGAGUUCUACGGCCUGUCCGACACGCUGGAUGGCAACGUGGUGUCCUUCCACUAUGAGAGGAUGACCAGUCUUGAGUGUAGCAUCCGUGUGAACACCCAUGAGACACACCUCCCGGGUCAUGGUCAGUUGGUCACUGGGGAGCCGGACCAGCUGGAGGCCAGAGGGGACGAGCCGGAGAGCUUCAUUCCUCUCCGCCAGCAGCUAGGUAUGGAUGUACAGUAUAAUAGCAUUAGUAUUAUAAAAUAUUAGUAGUAAUGGUAAUAAAAGUAGUAAUACAGACACUUGGUAGAUUAUUGGCAAACUCACAAUGUUGGAUGUUUUAAAAGUGGUGUUCAACAUGAACUGAAUUCAUUUGAAUGCAUGAGAAAUCAGUGUAAUCAAUGAAUUCCAACCAAAAUCCUUUACUUGUCCUUGAACACAUCCCCCUAACAUCACUCUUCCUCUGCUAAUCGUACAGAUAACAAGGCCAGGGCCAUGUGUAAGACUGAGGACUGCCUGAAGGGCCUGAGGUUGGCAAAGGUUACCAAAGUGCCCUGUGAUGAGUUCCUGGUGAUGGGCCUGAGGUAUCAGCACAUAGACCCACCGUCUCCAGACGUAGACUUCAUCGUCCUCCGACUGGAUCUCACCGACACCAGGAGCGGGAGCAUAUACCAGGUACUUUAUGCUAUUUCUCAUCAGAAUCAUUUUCUAGAAGUUACCAAAAUGUUGAAGGAUUUUUUAUCUUGAGGUCAGUGAAAGUACUGUAUCUUUGUUAUUGUCGUAUGCUGCAAAAGUUGGGGACAAUUUAAUUUCAACUAAGAAAUUCAGUCUCUUAGUUAGCACAACCACACAGUAGAAUGCCUUGUUGGUCUGUAUGUGCGUGUGUGAUUUGACUGUGUGUCUAUGUGCUUGUGCUUGCGUUUGUAUAUGCAGUCGGAGCGGGCCUGGAUACCCGUCCACAUCGCCGGCGCCGUUCCCAACCAGCCGCCCAAGCCGGCCUUCAUGUCCAUGUUUAUCCUGGAAGUGGAUCAGUUCAUCCUCACGCCCCUCUCCACCGCCACCCUGGACGCAGAGGACGGAGAGACCAUCAAACAGCUGCUGGUGUUCAACAUCACCAAGCCCCCCCUAGAGGGCUUCAUCACCCACCUGUCAGACCACACGCGACCCAUCUCUUCCUUCAGCUGGGUGGACCUCAACGAUAUGCUUAUCGGCUACCAGCCGCCCAACUCCUCCCACACCCAGCGUAGGAACUAUGAGGUGCCCAUUACUGUUUCCUUUGUUUGGACCCAUCACAUUCCCAGUGUUUAGAUGCAAUUUCCAUUCUGUGGGAUUGAAUUGGAACAACCACUAGAGGUGGUGGAACAGGUCCAAAAUGGGUGGCAACAUUUUGUUUGGCUAUACAUUCCAAACAGAUCUGAGACCAGGUUAGAAUGUCAUCUUUUUCAGGCCAUCAGCUGUAGUUUCUCUUCAACAGGUGGAGUUUGAGGUACAUGACUUUUUCUUUGAGAAGAGCUCCCCGAUCAUGGUCCACAUGUCAGUUAGAACAGCAGACACCAAUGCACCCAGGGUGUCAUGGAACAUGGGUAGGUGUCAAUGGCAGUAGAGGCUGGUGGGAGGAGCUAUAGGAGGACAGGCUCAUUGUAAUGGCUGAAAUGGACUUCAUGGAACGGAGUCAAACAUGUGGUUUCCAUAUGUUUGAUACAUUACAUUUUAGUCAUUUAGCAGACGCUCUUCUCCAGAGCGACUUACAGUUAGUGGGUGCAUACAUUUUCUUUUCAUACUGGCCCCCCGUGGGAAUCGAACCCACAACCCUGGCAUUACAAGCGCCAUGCUCUACCAACUGAGCUACACGGGACCAUUUAUUCCAUUCCAUCCAUUACAAUGAGCGCAUCCUCCUGUAGCUCCUCCCACCAGCCUCCACUGGUCAAUGGGUGUAUUCCAGAUACACAACUUCUGCACAGAUCUUGCACAGAUUAUGGAAUGGUUAUGUCACAAUGUGAUCUUUCUAGGUCUUAGUCUUCUUGAAGGUCAGUCUCGUCCAAUCACGUGGGAUCAGCUCCAGAUUGUGGACAACGACAACUUCAAGGCUGUACGCAUCAUCACUGUCGACGGCCUCCAGCAUGGCAGGCUAACACUGAGAGGUAUAGAACUCAUUAUUUCCUUCAAUGGCAUCAUUUGAUUGUUACCCUAAUUUUAAUUACUUCUAUCGGACAUCCCCACUAUGUGUCCAUAAUCUGCAGGUGGCAAGGGCUUCAUGUUCACCAUUGCCGACAUCCUUGCUGGUGCCGUGCGCUACCACCACGACGACAGUGACACCACCAAGGACUUCAUCAUCUUCCGCAUCACCGAUGGGCGCCACCAGACCCGGCACAAGUUCCCCAUUAACAUCCUGCCCAAGGACGACAGCCCACCGUUCCUCAUCACCAACACAGUGCUGGAGCUGUCUGAGGGCCACACGGCCCUGCUGAGAGGAUCCAUACUGCAGGCCUCAGACAUGGACUCAAGUGACGACUACAUCCUGUUCAACAUCACCCGGCCGCCGCAGGCUGGAGAGCUCAUGAAGAUCCCUGGUCCUGGACUCAGCGGUGAGGAGAGGAGCACUCUGAAUAGACCACAUUGUUUUAGAAUGAAAUGCAGUUACAAGGCACAGCUAUGGUGCACACUUUGGUUCCCAGCUGAAUGCAAUUGCAAGGCAUAGCAAUGGGGAACAUUUGCAGAGCUUUGUUAUGUGAUGACCCACUUGUUGUCUAGUUUGAUAAUCAUAUGCCAGUUUUAGAAUACAAUACUUCAAUAUACAGGCAACUGCCAAAAUAAUGGAAACACUUGAGUAAAUGAGGGAUACAAAGUAUAUUGAAAGCAGGUGCUUCCACACAGGUUUGUUUUUUGAGUUAAUUAACCAGUUAACAUCACAUCAGGGUCAUAUAUAAAAAUGCCCAUCCACAGGGCAUGAGUGGUCACUGAAUGGUUUGAAAACAGAUCUCAACCCAAUUAAACACUUGUGGGAGAAUCUGGAGCGGCGCCUGAGACAGCUUUUUUCCACCACCAUCAACAAAACACCAAAUGAUGGAAUGUCUCGUGGAAGAAUGCUGUCGCAUCCCUCCAAUAGAGUUCCAAACACUUGUAGAAUCUACGCUAGAAUCUACACAGUGGUGUUCUUUUCCUUGGUCCUCUUAGGUUAUCCUGUCAGUCGUUUCCUGCAGAAGGACCUGUUCCACUCUGUGGUCUACUACCGCCAUCUAGGGAAUGAGGUGUUUGAUGACUCCUUCGAAGUGGUGCUCUCAGACUUCCAUGACCCACCCAACCUUUCAGAACCUCAGGUGAGUAGUACCAUUACUGGAUCGUGUACAAUUGUAGAUUCAUAAAGUUGGAUUGAAUUGAAUUCAAACUCCCCAAAUGUCAUUCAAAGCUAAUGUUGGUCUCCCACCUUUGCAGGUCAUAGUGGUGCACAUCAACCCUGUGCCUGACCAGCCACCUAAAGAGGUCCCUGGGGUGACUCGGUGCCUGGUGGUCAAAGAGACAGAGGUGGUCCACCUGACCAAGAAGCAGCUUCACUUCAUCGAUCUGGAGUCACCUGACAGUGAGCUCACAUACACAGUUACCACACCGCCCUUCUACAGCAGGUCUUAUGGGUAAGCAUCUCAUGUCGAGUUAAGUUUGUUUUUGCCAUUUGCAGGUAUAGAAUGCAUACUGUACACUUGGUACCAUUGGGGAAGAAUGAUACCAAUGCUAAUACUUUAAGGCAUCCCCCUUCCAACUCGACUGUUACACUCAAUGUACUAUUUUCCUGUUGGCCAGGGGCCAUGAUGCAGGGAGGCUAUUUCUGGUUGACAGCAUUCCCAAAUUCACCAAGGAUCCUGAAGCACCAGUGUUAAGGUUAUUCACACAGGUAAGCUCAGAUAUAUUUACUCCCACGUUACUUUGGCUGGACGGGGAAAUGUCAGACUUGGUUAACUAACGCCUUUAUCGUUCCAGCAUGCAGUCAACUACAUGAAAGUGGCCUACAUGCCUCCCAUCCUGGACAUUGGGCCUUACCCAGAGCACAUCCAGUUGGUGCUCUCCGUCACCAACCAGCAGGGAACCACAGUUGCUGGCAUCUGCUUCAACAUUACUGUGGUGCCAGUGGACAACCUGGCCCCAGAGGUAUAGGGUGGUGGUCAAAGUUAUCAAGCUAGCUAACACUUCUGUGUACUGGUAGGCUAACCCCCAACCUGUCACAAACAUGCCAGCGCUGCCAAACUCAAGCUAACUCUACCACAAGCUGUCUAGGAGUAGCUGAAGCAGGUUGAAGACUCUACACCAGGGCGAUUGAGACCCUCGAAGGCCAAAGUACUACUGGGUUUUAUUUUCUACCUGGCAGUUAAUUGGUCAAUUUAUAUCAUGAAUUGGCCAGAAAAUUGACUUAGCUGGUUUCCCAGGUCAGAAUUAGCCCUUAAAUAGAAGAAUGAGAGCCAGGAGUGUUUCAUCCCUUCAGGCCCUUCAUUGAACAACCCUGCUGUAUACUGUAUGUUCCCUCCCCAGGUGCACAUUAAACCUCUGACAGUGGACGAGGGUGGGGAGUGCUGGGUGGGACCGGACCACCUGCUGCUGACAGACCAUGAUUCUACAGAGGAGAGCCUGAGAGUGGAGCUGAAGAGAGAGCCUCAGCAUGGAGCUGUUCAGCUGGAUGGCUUCCCCAUGAAACCGGGCCAGGCCUUCACUGUUCGCGACCUGAAAAGCUUAAAAGUUAGGUCAGAUAUGAUUGAUGACACUUCAUUACUGCACCUUAUCACACUGCAAUGCUCAUGUGAAGUUUGGACAUGUUGGCUGUAUACCCAAUAGAAUGCUUGAUUCUAAGCAUAAUGCUAGUAUGGAUUUUGGAACAGUCGCUAGCUAUCUAUAUACAGCAUGGACACAAACUGAUUCAAUAACAAGGAGAGUCAAAUUGUGUCAACAAUCAUAUUGUAUUGUCGACUACAAUUGUGUUGGUUUGUCCAUGCAGAUAUCAUCACGACAGCUCGGAAACGGUGGGAGAUGCCAUUGAAUUAAUUGCUACCGAUGGGAUUAAUGCAAUCAACUUUGUUCUGGAAGUUAAGGUACUGUAAACCAUUUUGAUGCUAACAGAGACAAAAAGAUCUUACAGUGAAUGUUUGCUGUAUGAGAGUCAUAGACCAUAUCUUUGUCAACAGGUGACACUGAUCAAUGAUGAGGUUCCAGUUCUAAUGCCAGGUCUGAAACCUGUUCUGGACUGUGCAGAGGGACAGGAAGUCAUCAUCACCGCUGAGUACAUCUACGCCACAGACGCAGACAGUGACGACAACAGUCUGACCUACAUGAUUGCCCGCCAGCCAUACAAUGGCGUAGUGCGCAAAAAUGCCAUUGUGGUCGAUCACUUCAUUCAGGCAGACAUUGCCGCAGGGAUUAUCACCUACAAACACACAGGUAUUAUUGUUAAAUCUAUUUAUCAAUGACUCUACCUCAUCCAUGUACCACCAUAAAUGUGUAUUGGUGGUUUAUAACAUUCCAUUUUUUGUUUUGUUUUAUUAUAUGUUAUACAUUAACCCUAACAUUUUACAACUGUUUCUCCGCGAGUCAAAAAACAUGAUUAUAACCAUAUUAUUUCAUCCCAUUCUUUGAAGCCAAAAACUGCAAUCAUGUUUCUUAUGUCUCUCAGGAGCGGAGAUUGGACUAGCCCCUCGACACGACACAAUCACGUUUGUGAUAUCCGACGGACAGGCGGAGAAUGUUCCGUCAUGCUGUAAUGACCGAGGGGACACAUUCAAAAGAGGCAGAACACAAGUCCAGGAGAGCCUGCCUCUGUAUGACCUGAAGGUCACUGUGUUACCUGUGGACAGUCAGAUGCCUUCUAUUGCAACAGGUAAUGAAUGCAGUGAUGUUGGAGCAAUGUUGCAGCGAUGCCUAUGAUUAUUUUUAUGAAGGUUCAGACAUUAUUAGUAUCCUUGAGAUUUGUGAAAUGGUUCAAGAGCAAACGUAACCCCAAAUUAGCAAGUGCAGGCUAGUGGAAGAAAAUACUGAAAGCAACAUUCUGGGCUCAUCAACAGAAAAGUAAAAUAUUGAGCAAUACUGUAUAGUUUAUUCCACUACUCUUUUCUCUCACAAUUAUACCUAAAUGGUCAAUCAAUAUAUCUUCAAUAUGGAUAUUAUCCUCCUCCUUUGUAGGAGAUGUGUUUGUGGUGGAUGAGGGGGGUGUGGCCCCUAUAACUGUAGCCCACCUCAGGGCCUCGGAUGUGGACACUCCUCUGGAGGAGCUGGUGAUCAGCCUGGUCUCUCCUCCCCAGUAUGGCUACAUUGAGAAUACUCUGCCCAGUCCUGGAUUUGAGAAAAGCAACACAGGCAUCAGCAUUGGUGAGUAGCUUUAACCCCAUCAUAUUUGUCUUCAUUGAACACCAUUCACAUCACAGGCUUUCCACUUUUUCUUAGACUAUAAUGCUGUAACCUCAAGCCAUAUGGAAUCCUCAUAAGCAGUGAACAAUCCACUGCUUUCUUUUCCUAAAUAAAUCACUUGUUACAUUAAACUUUGUAAAAACUCUAACUUUGUCCCCUUUUCGUAGUAUGUAUAACCGGUAUGUACAUUAUUAACUGUAAAGGUUCCAUACUGUUCAACCUCAGCAUCUCUCCUCAGCUUCCUUCUCCUACAGUGACAUCAUGAAUGGACACGUGAACUACGUCCAGUCCAGACACCAGAGGAUCGAGCCAACCGCUGACCAGUUCAUGCUCUGUGUCUCUGACGGGAAACACACCUCUGCCCACGUCCACUUCUACACCAUCAUCAGCCCCAUCAAUGACGAGGUCCCGGAGUUUCUCGCCAGAAAUAUCACGGUGAGUCACCCGUCGACAAGCUGUCAAUUAUCCACAGCAGAGGUCACCACCAACUCCGGUCCUGGAGAGUUACUGCAUGUGGAGGGUGUUAUUCAAGCCCAACACACCUGGUCCAGGCUGAAAACCAUAAUUAGUGGAAUGAGGUGUGCUAGUGCUGGUCUGAAACAAAACCCUGCACUUCUUGUAGCUUUCCUGGGCCGGAUUUGGAGGCCCCUGGUCUACACCAUAUAAAGCUAUUAUAGAUCACUCUCUGAUUUCACAUUUACAACAACUGAAAUGAUAGGUAAUGGCUCCUAACCACCUAUUCUAUAGUACAACAUGCCUCAAAGCACUCUAAGACCACAUCAGGACCGAUUUAACCGACGUCCCCAUUAAUGUUCCCAUGUAAAAAGGUGCGAGAGGGACAUAUGAAGGAGCUGGACCCUACUGUUAUAAACGCGGUGGAUCUGGAUGUCCCUAAGAACAACCUGCUGUUCAGCGUGGUCCAGGCCCCGCAGCAUGGCACCAUCAUGGGCCGAACGUAUGGCAACGACGUGCCCACCAAUGGAAGACCCGUCAACAGGCGCAGGGACGUAGAGGUGCUGGUCCAGGACUUCACCAUGCAGGAGCUGAGGAAUGGUACUGUACCGUGACCAACUUCUUGUGACUCAAAGGCUGUCCUAAUAUGGACACCGUAGCACUGUGCCAUUAUUGAGACUGGUGAUCCCGAAGAGCAUGAAAAAACUGUUUGAGACUCAAAUAGAGAAAUUUGGUGGAUUUUUGUUGUUGUUGUGAUCUUCAGUCGUGGUGUUAUAUAUACAGGCACAUUCAAAUAAUGAGUUCACCUCCACUGUUCAGGUAUGUCUCUGAUGUACAUGCACGAUGACUCUGAGAACAUGGUGGACAGCUUCACCAUCCAGCUGACCGAUGGGAAACACAAGCUCCACAGACACGUGAUGGUCAACGUACUCCCUGUCAAUGAUGAGGAGCCUCGAGUCAUAAGGUAACAGAUGGGACUUGUUACAUUUACACAGAGAAAACAUUUCAUUGAUGUCCACAUGUUCUGUAAAGUUUACUAUGAGUUUACUUCACCAAUAAUCCGUACAUGGAACAUACUGCAACCAGUUUACAACAGGUAGUAUAAACUUCCUCCCUCCUAAUCUAGACUUCCCUUAUAUCUGUGCUCCCCCUUCUGGCUUUCCUGAGUACUACACCACAAUUUCUCCUUCACGUGUACAUUAGGUACACAUUUCACAUAAGUUAAUAAACAAACAGUUUGGGUGAAGUUUCCCCUAGGUACAGAUCUAGGAUCAGUUUCCGGUCCCCCAGUCCUAACCUUAACCAUUAGUGGGGAAAAUGCAAAACUGACCAAAGCAACUUCACCCUACUCCUAAACAAACAUGGUUGGGCGGCAGGUAGCUUAGUGGGUAAGAGCGUUGUGCCAGUAACCGAAAGGUCGCUGGUUCUAAUCCCCGAGCCGACUAGGUGAAAAAUCUGUCGAUGUGCCCUUAAGCAAGGCACUUAACCCUAAAAAUGCUCCUGUAAGUCGCUCUGGAUAAGAGCGUCUGCUAAAUGACUAAAAUGUAAAAAAAAUGUAAAAUGUUGUCUGCCAUAUAGGAACAAUGGACUGGAGGUGGAAGCAGGCGAGGCUAGGCUGAUCUCCAGUGCUAUUGUCUUUGCUCAGGACAGCGACACUACCUCCCAGGAGAUAGUCUACAUGUUGGAGAGCAUUCCCACUCAGGGACUGCUACAGGUUAAGGUCAGUACAUUCCUGUAUCAUCUGAUAUGAACUGGUAGGUGUUAUUAACAAAUGCCAGUAUAGAAAGUAUUUUUCCAUGCUAGCUUAAAGGGGCAUUUCACUUAAAAAAAUAGUUGUUUUAUAUUCUUCAUUAGUCAACUUUUGAAACAGUCCCACAAAAUCAUGCAUGUCAACAUAACAUUUUUCAAAAGAUAUUACUUUCAGUCUGCUCGUGAUUUCACUGUAAGUAAACCAUCAACAUUGAGUCAUUAUGUGCCUUACAUUAUGUGUUCUCUCCCUAACUGUCCACGGUCCCCUCUCAGGUGGGGUCUGACUGGGUGACCCAGUCUGCGGGGAUGAACUGCACCCAGGAGACAGUGGACAUGAACCUGCUGCGCUACCUCCAUACGGGGCCACUGGGACACACGCAGGAUUUCUUUAUGUUCCACCUGCUGGACGGGAAGAACCGAUCCCCCACACAGCACUUCCACAUCUCCCUCAAGGACAUGGAGAAAGGUUUGUGAAUAGAUGGACAGACCACCAAACUGGGAAGUGCACUAUUAUGCACAGUUUGCUAUAACGUUCAUGGUCAGUGUUAGUCUCUGUGUAAAAAACAAACACUAGUAGAGAAAACUCAUCACUGCUACUGUUGUCUUAUGUGUAUUAUAAUAAUGUUAAACAUAGCUAAAAUAACUCAUAAAAUAAGCAGGUUUCUAAGUCUUAUAAACCUCACUAUGUUGUGUAAACCAAUUAGUGCAAACGUUCAUUUUAAGACUUCACUUUCUCUAUCAAUUCCCAGGAAACAUUGCCGUUUUUGUGAAGCCGGUGAAGACCAGCCGUGGUGAGCGCGUGGUUCUGACCACAGACAUCCUGCUGGCGACGGAUGGUACAGACAAACCCGAGGAGCUGUUCUACAUCAUUACGGUCCCCCCCAGCAACGGCCACAUGGAGUACAUCAAACACCCUGGGGUGGCCAUCAGCACCUUCAGCCAGAUGGACAUCGCUGCCAACCUGGUGGGCUACGUCCACGACAACAGAGCCACCGCGCCGCUGGAAACACUACAGUAAUGGCAACCCUUCUAAAUGUAUAAAAUGAAACAGAUGAUAAUCUUAACAUUAUUCCACAUAAUAGAGGUUGGAACAUGCUGCAAACUAUGCUGAUUUGUAGAAAAAAAUGUACAUCUCAAAGACUGUGGUCAUCAUACCAGAUAGCAGAUGGCCCAAAUCUGACCCACAUCUAUAAGUUUAAUACAUUGUUUGGGAUGAAGUACCUUCCCCUAAGAACCUGCCAUGCUCCUGUGUGUCUUUGCCAGGUUUGUCGUCAGCAACAGCAAGGCCACCCGUAACGGCACCCUGGAGAUUUUCGUGGAGACCACCGACCGCGUGCUACCCUCACUGGCCUGUAACAGCGGCUUGAGAGUCCCUCAGGACUCCUCCAUGGCGGUGACCCCUGACACCCUCGCCCUGUCCGACCCCGACACCCCACCCAGUGACCUGCUCUUCUUCCUGGCCCAGCCUCCGCAGUACGGCACCCUGCUCCGGGGCGGUGUCCCGCUCGCUGCCGGGGGUAACUUCACCCAGUGGGACCUGCAGGAGCUGGAUGUGACCUACAGGCACGGGGGCGGCCCGUCGCAGAUCGACCGCUUUGCCUUCACAGCCUCAGACACUACCAACAGGGGCUUCCUGCUGGAGGGGAUGGUACAGACGGAACCUGUGAUCUUCACCAUUCAGGUAGGACACACUCAUCUGCAUACACGCCUCUUCCCAGAUAUGUCGCUAGAGGGGCCAUUUCAGGUGUACAUUAGAUCAGCACAGCAACUUAUUCAAUAGUAGUGGAAUUGAAAUAAUUAGUUGUGCAAUCAAGGGAAGGUUUUGAUGGACGCCUUUGAUGGUGCCUAAUGAACAAGACCCUGUAUUCCAGAUUGAGCCGUUGGACAGCUCGGCUCCUGAGGUUGUGCAGCUGCAGUCUCUGUGGAAGGCUGAAGUCCUGUCUGACGGUCGCUAUGGGAUCUACCUCUCGUCCCGGGAGCUGAGAGCGCAGGACGCCAACACCAAGGACGAAGACCUCACCUUCCACAUCCACAGACCACCAUACUUUGGCUACCUGGAGAAUACUAUCAAAGGUAAGGCCUCAUAUGCAGGGGCGUCAGGCCCCAUUCCCUCAGUUGUAACCUUUUGUACACAGAAAAUACUGAAAAUGUUGUUUAUUUUACGCAUAAUUAAUCCAAAUGCAUUUAAUUAGGCCAUCAGUGCUCCUUCAAAAAAAUUACAUUACGAUAGCCAAUAGACCCCAGGUUAAUUGUGUUUGCUCUUCAGUAAACAGUCAAUCUUACACUGUGCUCUUGCAGGCAGCUUUGUCCAGCAGCGUUUCACUCAGAGGGACCUGAGCAAAAGGACUAUCGUGUAUAUCAUAGACCCAGUGACAGAAGCCAUGUCGGACAGCCUGGAGUUCAGAGUGUCCGACCCUCUGGGGAACACUGGGCCCUCCCACACGUGAGAUGCUACUCCGCCCAAGACACAAAUAGUAUUAAUAUGCUCUACAUACUGUGGUCAGUCAGGGGAGGAGAGAACCAAUGGUUACAUACUUACUACUGUACAUGACAAGGCCAAUUUAUAUGACAGCUUAUGAAGAUUUGAUAAAUGGUCCCCAACGACUGUAUUGGUCUGUGUAUAUAACAUAUGUACUGUGUCCUUGUUAUGAAAGAAGAUACCAUCACCCUCAAUCAACUUGGAAAGGCAAUGCAGGAUCGUUGGUUAGUGAGUAAAACUGUUUUCACUGUGCUGUGUUCCUCAUGGUUCCAUGCUGCAGACUGGAGCUGAAGUGGUCUCGUGUGGAGCUGGCUGUGUCUGAGUACCAGGCAUGUGAGGAUCAGGGCACUGUCUCACUGGACGUCCUACGGAAAGGCAACAUGGCCGAGUCCUCAUACAUCACCAUCAAGGUUUCUGUUCUAUCUGUUUUAAACAGUAUGAUUCUUAUACCAAUUCCUGUAAUCUAGUGAUUCUGCUAAAUUGCAUAUAUAUUUUUUGUAACCUUUAUUUAACCAGGUUAGUCUCGAUGAGGUAAAUCGAGUGAUAGAUGGCACUAUAAAUCCAUUAUAGUGCGAUGAAUGUAAUGUCACUUUCGGAUUCCCCUUUUCUCAAUAUCUUAGGUGAGAGAGGUCACAGCGACUGCUGGAAAGGAUUUCACUCUGAGCCCGUCCAGCCUAAUCCAGUUUGAUCCUGGUACGUGUGGCUUUGUAGUGGGAUGUUGAUAUGAGUUACCAUCAUAGAUUGGGAGAUAGGUAACUAAAAUGUGUGCUCUCUAUGAAGGCGUAUCCAAAAGGAGCUGGCGUAUUGAGAUUACCCAAGAUCACCUGGAGGAGGCAGAGGAGACAUUUGAAGUGACGCUGGUGUCCCCCGAGGGAACCGUAGUAGGCAGCACCUCCAAAGCUCUGGUUAAAAUCAAGGACUCUGGGAAAGGUGAACACUGUGGAACUAGUGGUCAUUUAGGAUGUUGCCCCUAAUACUGUAGUCCCUAACUAAAUCAAAUAGAAACCUUUUCAAUUGUCUUGUCAAGGUACAUUUUUCAAGUUAUAGAAACUGGAGGUACCAAGGAAGCCAAAGACUGAUAGAGACAAUACACCAACCUUCUAUGAAGUAUUGACGUGGUUUAAAAAUCUCUGAAUGUAAGUCUCUGUGCUUUUCCAGGACAGUGUGGAUCCAGUCGGGCCCCUAUGGGCUUCCAGUCUGGGGGGGAAGCAGGUUCAGUCAGGGCCCUACCCCCAACAUGGCUCCAUUCAGCUGGAGACACUACCCCUUGCCAAGGGAGACCAGCAGAUGACCUGGACCCGGGGUGAUGGUAUGCCCCAGUCUGUGCCCGCUGCUGUGCCUGCCACGCCCAAUAUGAAACUCAGAGCCAUGGGCAAUAGGAAGACAGUAAGUUUUUACUCUGUAAUCACCAGUGUGAUUGUUAUUCGGUUGAGGUUUGUCCUAAGUCUUUGUUCAGUGUCCUUCACUCUAAACUAUGCUAAACCUAAGAGUUAUGUACACAGUCGUCAUGUGACCCAGUAAGUACAUAAAACAGGGACUAUAGACUAUUAGUCUUGUUUCAACCAUCAAAACCCACAGAUUAUAGCACAACUUGAUCAUGUAUUAUCUUCUCACAGAUUCCACCAUCGUCAGUCCAUCGUAAUGGAACAGACACUGUGUUUACGGUAAGCUGGGCUACCACCUUUUGCACUAAGCUAACACACCGAAUCCAACCUAGGGACAGCCCUCACUGUCUUUCUCUCACUGCCUCUCCAUGGUUGCAGUACCACGGGAUCAUGUCAGUGCGCCUGGAGGAUGACAAGUCUCCCUCUAGGAAGGGAAGGAAGGCUAAUAUUCAGGUGACCAGCAGAGGGCAGCAGCAACAUGCAGCAGCAACACCAACAGUGGCUCCCAACCUCAACCCAAAACCUGUCCCUAAGAGGAAGGGUGACAGGAUGCUCCCACCUACAAAGACUGAGCAGCCCAAUAAGAAGGUGAGUCAUCAUUACAUUUAUUCGUAACAGUUUCUAUAUCGUAGCGACUUUAGUACAACACCAGCAAUCAUAUCAAGAGGUUCGGAUCUCAUGGUGUGACAGCUAUGGUAGGACUGAAAUCGCCUCAAUAUAAACAGACUGAGGGUUAUUCAGACAUUGGUGGCAGUGGCUAUAUAAACAAAAGCAUAGAUUACAGUCUCUCUCUUGGCCUAUAAACUACUUCCAAUAUGAUGAACAAAUGAACUAAAUGUGUUACUCACUCUAAUGAUUUUGUCCCUCAGGAGGCUUCACCUAGCUCUGGCCCUAAACCCUGUGUCCCAGAGCUGAUGGGGCUCCUGCACUUUAACCAGAGCUCAGGCGGGCUCCUGCGCUGCAACGGGGUCUCCUGGAAGCCCUGGGCUCCCACUGAUGAGGUAAUCAAUCUGGGAUGGAUGGUGCCUGAAACAGAAUAAUAAUGGACCCUCAUCAUUUGCCCAAUUGUGUUAUAAAUAUCAUAGGUAGACUAUUUCAGGGUCAAAGAGUAUGGGCUAACCCCAACUUAUAGCUCAACAUUCUGGGCCACUUUCUUGGACUGAGCUUGAUGUGUCGGGGGAAACCAGCCCUUAAUGUUAGUUAUUUCCUAUUUCAGUAAUGAACUCUCACCUCAUUGGCCAGCCAUUUUCCUCCUCCCCGACACAGAUGGUCAGUGCUCAGAAUUGUCGUAAGGGCUGGACCUAUCACAGUGGCUACUGCUACUUCCUGAGCACCGAGCGCAAGUCGACGUGGAGCACCGCCAUCAGGGAAUGCAGGGAGAGGUGAGGAGGGGAACAAGAAAUGUUACCUAUUUUGCGAGAAUGUGCCUUUGUGUUGUAGUAAACUAUAAUUUCGUAUUUUUCCUGUGGUUCCAGUCACCAAGCCAAUCUGGUGAGCGUUUUCUCCAAGGCUGAUAUGGACUGGCUGUGGGACUUCAGUGGAAGGAAACCAUUCUGGAUAGGUAAAAAGUAUCCUGUCCUAUCUCCAUUGGCUGAAAAGUGGCUCAAUGUGUAUGUGUGCGCAUGUCUACCUCAUCUCACUCACUGUCCUCUCCAUCUUUCAGGUCUGAACGACAGGGAGAGACGAGGACGCUGGGAGUGGGUGGGUGGAGAACCCACCACCUACACCAACUGGAGGAAGAGCCCAGCCAGAGGCAAAAGGAAGGGGACCAGGAGGUGUGUUCUGGUGUGGAGGAGGGCCAAGUGGCAGAUCAGAGACUGUAAGACGGGCAAGGGACAUCGCUACAUAUGUUACAUCAAGACGUGAACCAAGGGGGAUUUCUACGUUGGAUUGAUGCUAUGAAUCAGAACUAUUUUCUUUCCACUGCUGUUGCAACAGGAAUGGAGCUGACUCUCAAGACAAGUUGCAUUCAUACAGUUAACAUCACCCAAUCACCCAAAGGAGAUUUACUAUGGUACUGCAGCAAUAGAUAAAUGAAGAGGUCAGCUUUAAUUAAAUGGGAGUAGUGCAUCAAUCACAUCAGUUGCAAAUUCAGUCAGCAAACAUGUCACACAAGUACCGCUGAAGCUCACAACGUCAUAUAUUUCAUCUUGUAACUGUCAAACUGCUCCUAAGCGCUUUUCCAGCUACUGUAGUUUAAAUGGAUAGUUCACUGAAAUUACAUUGGUUUCCUUACCCUUCUUAAUGUGAACUAUCCGUUUAAUGUUGAGUAGCUUUACCAUGUGCAGAUGUAUAGUACUGUUCACCUGUGUAACAGCUAUAGUUAUUAUUUUUGAGAGCUGUAACUGCUGCACUG